AAGUUACUGUAUUUCUUACGGUGCCUGUCUGCGGUGAACCGACCAUAAUAAUAUUUAGGAACCACGACACACGUAUAUAGAAGAAACUUAGUAAUUCGGUCGUUCUUUUAUUUAAUAAUGUUUUGAAGUAUCGUGUUAAUAAUUAUGACAAAUACAAAUAACAAUACACCAGCAAACGAAACAACCAGAGAAGACAUACCACUGAAAUCGGGCACCAAACUUUCAAAAUGGUACCACUGUAACGAGGAAUGUCUUGGUGGUUCCAGGUUCAUUAAUGCUGCCUUUGGUACCUUAACAGUAAUCAUUACUAUUGCUCUACUCAUUCAAAUCUAUUAUGGGGAUUAUCAAGUAGUACCGCAUGGAAGUGUUGCCACUGAUAACAUUGAAUGCUCUCACAUUGGCACCCAAAUAUUAAAAAAAGGAGGAAACGCUCGAGAUGCAGCUAUAGCCAGUGCUUUUUGUUUAUCUGUUGUUGCGCAACAUUUAACGAGCUUAGAUGCUGAGGGACAGAUAAUGAUAUAUAACCACAGAAAACGAGAUUUGCCUAUCGUGAUUGACUUCAGCUCGCCAAACGUUUUAUCGGAUAAAAUGCCGAAAUUGGUGGUUGGAUUAGCGUAUAUCCAUAAGCUUUAUGGCAGCAUGUCCUGGAAGAGUUUAGUGGAACCAUCCGUACAAAUUGCCAGAAGAGGUCAUAAGAUAUCAAAUGGUUUCCUAAAAGCGAUGGAUCAAGCGAAAGCGCACGCCCUUUUCGGAAGAAUAGAUCCGGAUAAACCUUUAAAAAACGAAAAUUUGGCCAUCACUUUGGAGACUAUUGCCAAUAUCACUGAAAAGGAACUAUACGGGUACAUCGAUCCUGCUCAUCAACCAAUACAAAUGCAGGCGAUUAAAUCGAGUUUUCACAACUACGACGUUUUUGUUCCGGCAUCUGAGACAAUUGGUUCAGUACUUUUAGUGAAUUUAAGAGAAAUCGAAGAAUACAACUUCACCAAAGUAAAUACAGAAGCGGUCAAAAGAAUACUAGACAGCACCCUCAAAACCUACAACGAAUUUAAGGUAACCUCGAGGUUUCAUGAAGGAACUUCCACUAAUAUAGCCGUAAUGGAUAUGGAGGACAAUUAUGUAUCUUUAGUGAUUGGCCUAUAUGAGCUAUUUGGAUCAGGAGAGCUUACCUCGCACGGAUACGUUUUAGACGUAAAAAAUAAAGAAAAGAGCUGCAGCCGAAUACCGAUAAUUUUAACAGAUAACAAAUUCAUUUGUGGGAAAAGGAUGGCAUUCGGAGCGAACGGUAUAGCGCAAGGAAGCCAAAUAGUCUCUAACCUGGUUAUCGGAGACAAGAAUGUGACCGAUGGUAUUGAGGCUCCCAGGUUUUAUGUCUUGGAUGGUAAUACUGUUGCAGUAGAAGUAUCUCACACGCCGAAGUUUUCAAUCGAGAUUCUUCGACACUUGAACGAGACUCACACAAAAUCGGAAGUAAAACCGGAACCGUAUUACAGUAGCAACGUGGUGGCGAAAUAUCAAGAUGACCUCAGUUCACAUUCUGAUAGCAGAGGUGAAGGAGUGGCCAGUAGAUUUUGAUGAAAAUAACUGCAAGAUUUAAAUUGUAUAAGGCGCAUUUAUGAUUGCACUAUAAGGCUGUGACUUAUAAGUUUUGUGCUUAUUCUGGGGUCUAUUGUAGAUUAAUGAUACCAUAUUUCAAUUAAAAUAUUUAUUACACUUUACAAAAGAAAA